GGAGAGAAGCCGCAGCAGCAGCCCCCUGUGUGUGUGUGGACGCGCGUCUCUCGCCGCGCCAGCAUGACCGCCAACGGGACCGCGGCGCCGCUGCAGAUCCAGUUCGGGCUCAUCAACUGCGGCAACAAGUACCUGACGGCGGAGGCCUUCGGCUUCAAGGUGAACGCCUCGGCGCCCAGCAUGAAGAAGAAGCAGAUCUGGACGCUGGAGCAGGACGGCGACGACUCCAACGUGGUCUUCCUGCGCAGCCACCUGGGCCGCUACCUGGCGGCCGACAAGGACGGCAACGUGAGCUGCGACCACGAGCAGCCGGCCGCCGACUGCCGCUUCGUCAUCCUGGCCCACGACGACGGGCGCUGGUCGCUGCAGUCCGAGCCCCACCGCCGCUUCUUCGGCGGCACCGAGGACCGCAUCUCCUGCUUCGCCCAGGCCGUGUCGCCGGCCGAGAAGUGGAGCGUGCACAUCGCCAUGCACCCGCAGGUGAACAUCUACAGCCUCACCAGGAAGCGCUACGCCCACCUCAGCGCCCGCCAGGAGGAGAUGGCCGUGGACCGCGACGUGCCCUGGGGGGUGGACUCCCUCAUCACCCUGGUCUUCCAGGACCAGCGCUACAGCGUGCAGACCUGCGACCACCGCUUCCUGCGCCACGACGGCCGGCUGGUGGAGCAGCCCGAGAAGGGCACCGGCUACACGCUGGAGUUCAGGUCCGGCAAGGUGGCCUUCCGCGACGGCGAGGGGCGCUACCUGGCCCCCUCCGGGCCCAGCGGCACCCUCAAGGCGGGCAAGAGCACCAAGGUGGGCAAGGACGAGCUCUUCGUGCUGGAGCAGAGCUGCCCGCAGGUGGUCCUGACAGCCGGCAACGAGAGGAACGUGUCCACCCGGCAAGGGAUGGACCUUUCAGCCAAUCAGGAUGAGGAGACUGACCAGGAAACCUUCCAACUGGAGAUUAACAAGGACACCAAGAAGUGUGCCUUCAGGACCUAUACUGGGAAAUACUGGACCCUCACCUCCAACGGCGGGAUACAGUCCACUGCCUCAGCAAAGAACGCCAGCUGCUACUUUGACAUCGAGUGGUGCGACAAGCGCAUCACCCUGAAGGCAGCGAAUGGCAAGUAUGUCACGGCGAAGAAGAACGGGCAGCUCGCAGCCACUGUUGAGGCAGCAGGUGAGACAGAACACUUUGUGAUGAAGCUGAUUAACCGGCCAAUUAUUGUCCUUCGUGGGGAACACGGCUUCAUUGGCUGCCGGAAGGUGACUGGGACCUUGGACUGCAACCGUUCCUCCUAUGAUGUCUUUCAACUGGAGUUCAAUGAUGGUGCAUACAAUAUCAAAGAUUCCACUGGGAAGUACUGGAUGGUGGGGAGCGAGUCCUCUGUCACCAGCAGCAGCGAUACACCCGUGGACUUCUUCUUUGAGUUCUGCGACUAUAACAAAGUGGCUAUCAAAACCAACGGCAAAUACCUGAAGGGUGACCAUGCUGGCGUCCUCAAGGCUUCCACCGACGCAAUCGACCCCUCCACUCUCUGGGAAUAUUAAAUGCACUUUAGCUCCA